GGCCCGCGGGGGAGCCGCGUCGCCGGCGCAGCGGUCGCCUCCCGGGCGCCCCGCGUGGAGAAGGCGGAGUGGGAGCAGGGAGGCUGCACCUCCGUCCACUCCGGAGGCUGGAUUCACGCAGCGGACUCCACGGAAAGCUCCCGUUCCCCAGCUUUUUUCGCCCAGAAUCACGCCCUUUGUUGAGCGUAGGCAGGGGCGGGGAGGAGACGGAGGGCGCGGAGGGAGGGCCCGCGGUGUGCCGCCCCCGCCCCGGUGUGCGCAGUCUGUCCGCUCCCUGCCCCGACCCAGCGCGCUGGCCCCGGGCUCUCUGGCACCCCGAUCUGGCGGCGCUGAAGGCGUCGGGCCGGGGGCGUUUGGACGGAUCCGUUCAGGUGGCUCUGAGUGCUGCUAGCUCUGGUGACCUUGGGUGCCGGCCGCGGAUGUGCCAGCCUCGCCGGCCAUGCCGCCCUCCAUCUCGGGCUUCCAGGCCGCCUACAUCAGCGUGGAGGUGCUCAUCGCCCUGGUCUCCGUGCCCGGGAACGUGCUGGUGAUCUGGGCGGUGAAGGUGAACCAGGCGCUGCGCGAUGCCACCUUCUGCUUCAUCGCCUCGCUGGCCGUGGCCGACGUGGCCGUGGGCGCCCUGGUCAUCCCACUCGCCAUCCUCAUCAACAUCGGGCCGCAGACCUACUUCCACACCUGCCUCAUGGUCGCCUGCCCCGUGCUCAUCCUCACCCAGAGCUCCAUCCUGGCCCUGCUGGCCAUCGCCGUGGACCGCUACCUCCGCGUCAAGAUCCCGCUCCGGUACAAGACGGUGGUGACGACGCGGAGGGCCAUGGUGGCCAUCGCCGGCUGCUGGCUCCUGUCGUUCGCGGUGGGCCUGACGCCCAUGUUCGGCUGGAACAAGCUGGGUGAGGCGCAGCGGGCCUGGGCGGCUAACGGCAGCGCAGGCGAGCCCGUGGUCACGUGCGAGUUUGAGGAGGUCAUCAGCAUGGAGUACAUGGUCUACUUCAACUUCUUCGUCUGGGUGCUGCCCCCGCUGCUGCUCAUGGUCCUCAUCUACCUGGAGGUCUUCUACCUGAUCCGCCGGCAGCUCAACAAGAAGGUGUCGGCCUCUGGGGGCGACCCACAGAAGUACUAUGGGAAGGAGCUGAAGAUCGCCAAGUCGCUGGCCCUCAUCCUCUUCCUCUUCGCCCUGAGCUGGCUGCCCCUGCACAUCCUCAACUGCAUCACGCUCUUCUGCCCCUCCUGCCACAAGCCCAGCCUCCUCAUCUACGUCGCCAUCUUCCUCACUCACAGCAACUCGGCCAUGAACCCCAUCGUCUACGCCUUCCGCAUCCGGAAGUUCCGGGUCACCUUCCUCAAGAUCUGGAACGACCAUUUCUGCGGCCAGCCCGCACCCCGCAAGGAUGAGGACCCCCCGGAAGAGAGGCCAGAUGACUAGACUCUCCCUGCUUUCCGCCAGAGCACCUCCACUCGGCCCCCGCCUGCCCGCAGUCCCACGGCCUCCGCGGGCCUCCCCGGCCCAGCCGUGGGGCGCCGGUGCCCUGUGCCUUGGGCCUGGCAGGCGGCUUGGGGGCAGUCCGUGGGGGGAUGGGUAACCUGAGGGAGGAGGAAAGUGGCCGGAGCCUCCCCACGUGCCGGGCCGGCCCACGGGCGGCCCUGGCUUCAGACAAAAGGCCUUGUGGGCUGGGGGUGGCGGGGGCUCGGCUCCUGUUUCAGCGGCGGGGGCCGUGCAGCCCCGGGCCAAGCUGGAGAGGAGGGGUCCCCUCCAUCAUGAGCGAAGGCGGGGAGCACAUGUCUGGGCCUUGCUUCCUUCCCUGUUCUGUGGGAGAAGGGGCCCAGCCGGAGGGCUGGGAACGAAGGGUCCUCAGGCCCUGCCUCCUGGAGCCGGGGCGCCUGCCUCCCAUGCGCUGAGUGGCCGGGGCUUGUACUUGGGAAAGAGGCAGAAACAGCAAAUCCAGAAAUCACGUCCAGCAUUCGCUCCCUCCUGCACCAGCCUGUGGACCCGCGGGGGCGGCCGCGGAGCCAGUGUGGAGUCUGGUGUGGGCCUCCCACGGCCACCAGGUGGCGGCACUGAGCAUCCCGAGCAGCAGCCUGGACUGGGACUGUCUGUUCUCUGGGCCACCAUCCAGCCCGAGCCGAGCCUGGAGCCUCCUAACACCCGUUGCUGCUGCUUCUGGGCCCGGUGGAGCCACGCCAGCGCUUGGGAGCAGUGGGCCUGCCUGGCAGGCGUGGACAAGGGAUGCAGCUGGCGGUGGGCCCUCCCCGGCUGAGGCGCGACAGGCUGGCGCGGCCCAGAGGAGCCCCCGGAAGUGUGGCUGGAGGUGCUGCUGGCCUUCAGAUCCCCUCAGUGGCCCCGGCCUUUGGCCUGGUUUUCAGGGGCUUUGGGGCUCUGAGCCGAGUCGAGGAUGUUGGGGUGUUUGGGCAAGGCCGCCCCUGCCAAACCUGGAGCCUCUUGUGCAGAGGGGAGGGGGGGCGGUGGCAGAGGCGGGGGACCCUGGGUGUGAACAGACUACAGGCCUUGACUCCCGGCCCCCCCUCUUCGGAGGGGGCUGGGCCCUGGCUCCCUGGGAGGCCACCGGCUAAUAAAAGACUGUGAACCCACCCACGCGGGGGUGACUGACCACCUGGUGGAGCGGAUGCGCGGGGAGCCGAGGAGUCGGGAGCGGGCCAGCGGGGAGGCUGCUGGGGCGAAGACGGGCCAGGGAGGGGCGUGUCUGUGCUCACACCUCUGACCCUGGGGCAGCCGGUCCUGCGAGGCCUCGCGUCGGGGAGGCCCCCGGGAGCCCUUGAGGCCCCUCCUACUGGGCCUUCCUUAGCGCGCCUUGUGUGGAGGC